AUGCAAGAUACGUUCCAUCAAAGUCUUAAUAACAUUGUGAAAAUUCUCAAAUCUGCUCCUGGGUCCAUAACGAUACAAAACAUUCAAAGAUUAUCAAAUGUUUACAAGUUUGAAACUUUUAUAGAAAACAUUGAUGAUAAAAUCAAAAGACUUUCAAUUGCUGGUAAGAUUUUGGUUAUAGAUAUUGACUAUGAAGAAUUGGCAAAUAAGACCAAAGACCAAACCAAAUUUGAAUUGAAGGAUGUUAAAUUAAUUCUUGCGAACAAUAACAAUGAUUUUAAAUACACUUCAAGUGUCAAUGGUGAAAACAUUUUGAACAAUGUAUUGGCAAAAUAUUCAAAUUUUGCUCAGUUUGAUAAAGCCCUAGAGACAUUAGCAGUUUUUGAUCAAUAUAGUAAUGAUGAUUUUGAUUUGUUUCACUAUUAUAUUCAAAUUUAUGAAGAUUUGAAAAAAUUAACCAAAAUAAAAGUUGAAUUGAAUGUUAAUGAUGAAUUUGCUAUUGUUGUUGAAGAUCAAUAUAAAAUAACUUUGGUUAAUGAUGAAAGACUAUGUAUUGUUAAAAAUGAUCAUAAUGGUGAUCAAUGGAAUCAACAACAUGAUACAAAAAUUAAUGACGUGGGAAUCAAAAUCGAAAUAUUGAAUGGAUUCAGAAUUCCAAUAAGUAGAAAUACUUUAUUACAAAAUAAUUUGGUUUUUGAUCAAAAUGUAAAACCAAUAUCUUUUUUCAAUAAUGAUGAUGUUUUCAAAUCCAAAACUCAAUCUAAUUUUACUUUACAAGGUUUCCAAUUUUUAGAAAGUGAAGUUUUAUCAAUCUCUGAAGUUUCAACUAAUGAUAUCAAAUCAGUAAUUAUUACUCUUGAAGAGUUAAUUAAAUUCAACAAACUCAAUAAAGUAAUCUCUGAGUUAAAAGAAAAAUUUGAACUAAUUGAUAAGUUUGCCAAUUUAGAAGAAGAUGUUAGACUGAAUGAUUUCAUAAGUGAAAAUCAAGACUCAAUUGAAGUUGAACAAAAAUUCAUAACUAUCAGCUUAAAACAAACAAGCAUUGAAAUAAGGAGUGAUAAUUCAGAUUAUAAUUUCACCAUACCAUGGUCUAAUGAGGAUGGAUUUGAUCAAGGUUUAGAAAAGUUGAAAAGAUUAUUAACAGCUUGA